UCACCUCCCCCGCCUCCUCCGCCGCCGCCGGCGACUCCGGCUCCGGCUCCCUCCCGCCGUGGCCCCUCGCCAUGCCCAGGAGGAGUGAGAGGAAGGGCGGCCACGCUCGGCGCCUCAAGACGAUGGAGCCCGAGCGCAGGCGCCGGGAGGAGGAGGGGAAGGAGGAGGCGGAGGCCCGGCGGGUGCCGAGGCGCGCCGGGGCGGGCGGCGUCAGCGGCGGAGGCCGCCUCGACGAGAUGAAGACGGCGGCGGCGGCGAGGAGGAGGAGGAGGAGGCGACCACCACAGCAACAACAACAGCAGCAGCAGCAGCAGCGAGGGGACUGGCAGGUCCUGCGUCGCCGCGAGUGGGACUCCCUGCAUGAAAUGGCUUCACACUUCGACUUGCCAUUCAUCAAACAAGAGAAUGAAGAAAAUCCAAGCCCUUGGACGUGUCCUGAUCUGACAGCGACGGGUGAAGAUGUUAAUGCUGUUGUGUUGCAAGAAGACGAAGGGAUACUGGGCUCUGAGAUGCUGACGAUUGUGGUGAAAACCGAAUCAGAGGAAUAUGCUCCAGAAAUGAAUGCAAUUAAAUUGGAAGGAGUCGAUGAGAGCUCAGAGGAGGCAGAGGAUGCCCAUGGAUAUCUGGAAAAUCCAGACCAGAAUUUCAUCGAGGUGGAAUUGUCACCAGACGACAUGUGCCAAGAUGAAGCAGAACUCCUGUGCGAGGAGUGUGGGGAGGAUUCCGGAAGAUUCUUCAAAGUGAAGGUGGACGAAGUGAACGGAGGUGGCCAGGCUGCGCAGGCUUGUGCGCAGUGCGGGAAUAUGCUGGCAGGCACCACGUUUUACAUGAAGAGGCAACGCAGGAGGAUGUACACCGGAAAUGAGCAGCAAUACUCGAGAGCGAUGCGCGGAAAGGCGUCCACACAACAUGAGAAGUCAGGGGUGCGCAAUGUGAUGAGCAAUGCCAGUGGGACGAAGCACACGUGCCAGGAGUGUGGCAAGGAGUUUACACAUCAUUACGGUUUAAAGGUGCAUCUUAGAACACACACCGGCGAGAGGCCUUACGUGUGUAAGGAGUGUGGAAAAGGCUUCACGACGUGUUCCAGUUUAAAAAUACAUAGCGUGAUACACACUGGCGAGAAGACACAAGUGUGCACGCAUUGCGAUAAGGGAUUUAAAACACGGUCCGCUUUAAAGGCCCAUUAUAAAAUACACACUGGCGAGAAGCCACACGUGUGUGAGGAGUGUGGCAAGGGAUUCAUAAAACGUUGCAACUUAAAGACCCAUGUUAUGACGCACACUGGGGUGAAACCAUUUGUGUGCGAGGAGUGUGGGAAGGGGUUUUCGGAGCGAUUUUAUUUAAAGAUUCAUUCUAGAACGCACACGGGAGAGAAGCCGCAUGUGUGCAAGGAGUGCGGGAAGGGGUUUUCACGACAUUUUGACUUAAAGGUGCAUUCUAGAACACACACUGGGGAGAAGCCACACGUGUGCAAGGAGUGCGGGAAGGGGUUUUCACGGAGCAUUCGUUUAAAGAAGCAUUCUGUAACACACUGCGAUGUGGAAAUCUCGAAUUAAACAUUUUCCAUCUGGUUUGAAAUUCUGAUUUAUUUUUGUCAAGCUCUGCCCGGCUGCAUUCCCGUAAUGGGCUUACUGUAUCCUUUCGUUUACAUGCAAUCAUGAAUUACCAGCUCCAUUAUUUGAAAAAUAUCACAACUAGGGAUCACGAUUCAACUCCCAAAAUAGCUAUCAUUAUAGAAGUUAGUGGUUUAGACAUCAACUAUAAACAUAGGAAUUAAACAUUUCUGAUCCCAUUCUUUGCAUGUAUCGUGAACAUAAAAUCAUUUGUAAUAAAUUUUUAUAUUCAACAUUUACAAUACAAAAA